AUGUCGUCAGUCGUAACUACCAUCGAACCAACUUCGAAUACAUCUGCUCUAAAUACAGAGACGGGCGCAAAUGGGGAAGUGAAAAGGCUACAUCACAUUCCGCGACCCGUCAACAAGGAGGCCGAAAGGAAAUGGCUCCUCGAGCAGAUGGCGGGUGCUUUUCGCAUAUUCGCUAAACUAGGGUUCUCGGAUGGUAGCAGUGGACAUAUUAGUCUUCGAGACCCCAUCGAACCCCGCACGUUCUGGAUCAAUCCUUACGGUGUACACUUUGCCCUCCUCAAGGUCUCUGAUAUGGUCAGAGUAGACGAGGAGGGAAACCGAGUCGCUGGUGCAGAUAAACCUGUCAACGCGGCUGGUUUUAUCAUUCAUUCGGCGAUCCAUCAGAGGCGACCGGACAUUCACGCGGCUUGUCAUAUGCAUAGUCCGUAUGGAAGAGCAUGGAGCACAUUUGGCCGGGGCAUCGAUAUGUUCAAUCAAGAUUCCUGCAUGUUCUAUGAUGACCUUUCAGUAUAUCCGGCAUUUGGAGGCGUCGUUUUCGCAAAAGAAGAGGGUCAACGUCUUGCGGAAUACCUUGGUCCCAAGAACAAGAACCUUAUCAUGCAGAAUCAUGGUCUACUUACUGCUGGAGGGACGGUUGCCGAAGCGGCGGCCUUCUUCAUUGCGUUAGAAAGGGCAUGUCAGACCCAGCUUCUUGUGGAAGCUUCCACAGCACCUGGAUCUAUUGGAGCGAGUGAGGGUAUUCUAAAGAAGACACUAGUCGAUGAUGAAACGGCCAUAUACACCAAAAAAGGAACGGGUACUCCUGAGGUGAUACUUGAUUUGUCAGGACUUCGGCCACGCACCGGUGGACUUCAUCCACGCAUCGACUUUAUUCUUAGCCGUCCCAUUCCAUCUCCCGAAUACACUUGUGAACGUUGCCUAUUGUCAGCGUAUAUUUCUAUGUCAUGUUUGAAUGCUCGCAAUGCGACAAGAGCUACCAGCGGAAACCUCAUCUGCUCCGCCAUGAGGCAACUCACACUAUCUACAGGACCUAGCUCUUCAUCACUUGUUUCACUUUCACCAUUCACGAAUCCACCUCGCAAUAUUCCGAGAGGUGGUGGUCCGUUUACUUUCCUUCGGCAUUUUGCCAAUCCAUCUGUCCAUAAGGACAGACUUGCGAUCGGCGAGACAGCAAAACGCUCCGUCCGAAGGAACCUUGAAACGCUCAAUUCUCACAUCGAAGAUGCUCUUGUUCCUACUGAUCCCCUGUCGGCUUUUGGUGGUGACUUUCAGCUCCCAGAUUUCUCCUAUCAAUUUCCAUUGUCUACAGAUGAUUUCUUCUCUCAGUUCCCGCCUGAGGCCCUCUUUCCGUCAAAGCUUUCCAACCAAUUAACUGAGAUCAUGACCGAGUUGGUUGGAACAUCAAAGUCAAUGUGUCUCGGUAAACCAGAAGGUCAACCGCCGCUUGACUUUAUGGAACUCUCUACGCUCUUGGGAGUAUCCAAUAUCUCCGCCUCUGUCUCUGCAUUCUUCCACUCUCUUCACUGGCAUUUGCCCGUGGUUCAUUUUCCAACAUUUGACCCAGGGAACGUUUCCAACUCUCUUCUACUCUCGAUCUUCUUAUCUGGUGCCACAUAUACUUUUCCAUUAGAUGGGGGUGCUCUUCCAUCAAGUCUUUUCGAUGUGGCGGAAGAGUACAUCUUUCGGAACAUUGCAAAUCUGGCUGCAGUUCCAUCGCCAAAAGACUCUACACAUCUUUUAUCCACUGUUCAGCUAAUACAAAGUGCCCUCAUUAUUGAAAUGCUUCAGUUUGGGCGGGAUGAUAUGCAAACAAGGCGUCGCAUUCGGAUUGUCCGUCAUCCAUGCCUUGUUUCUACGAUAAGAUCCUUGGGAAUUUUCCAGCUCAAACGACGAACUGCCCCUAAAGUCUGCGAUGAGAUGACAUGGAAGGCUCUGGUAGCAGAGGAAGUUUGUAUACGGAUCGCCUGCUGGGUCUUCCUUGCUGAUGGAUUCCUUACGGUUUGCUUCAAGAACAACCCAUCAAUAUCAGUUUUCGAAAUGGACUGCCAUUUGCCGUGGAGUGCUGGGCUAUGGGAGGCCGAAAGUGCAUCGUCGUUUAGCAAAAUCGCCGAGGCACACUCAGCCGACCUCCCACUUCCACCGCUGAGAGACGUGGUCACCCAGCUCCUCGAGACACAAAACGAAGUCUCAAUACCAUGGAGUCUCUCAGUAUCUGUGGAGCACCUUCUUAUUCUGAUUUACGCCAUCAACUCUCUCGCAUUCCAGACAAGAGCAGGCUUGUUAAGAUACCUAUCAGUCGACAAAAUACGACGCGCCUCAGCGAAUUGGAAGCGCAUCUGGGAUUCCGUCACUGGUCUCUUGGCCAAGGAUCAAUUCUUUCAUAUUGGGUAUCCGAAACAUGCUCAAGAGCUUUGGUGGUUAUUGAAUGCUACACUGGAGGUCUCUAGCAAGUCCGAUGCUAGCUUCAAGUAUCUGGACAACACUGCGACUGACGACUUGGGCAAUUUGAAUGACUUUAUUCAAUGGUGUUACGAAAUUGCACCAUGA